CUUUAUCAGUAAAUUUAUAGCUUUCAUAAAACUUAAUAGUCUUCAUUUAUGCAAUAAAUUGUUAUUUAACGAAACAAUUUUAUCAAUUGGCUGUCUUACACUGGAGUCCUUGCCUUCUACCUACCUAGAAAUGUAGCUAAAACCACAAUCUUCUAUGUUUGCAGUAGAGGUUAGAAUUUAUCUACUGCUUAAAAACCCAGACCAUUAUCAAGUUGCCUGUUAAAUUCAAGGAUUAGGUUGAUUAGUGAUAAGGUGAUCUAUGAAAUUUGUUUGACAAUUAAUUCUCUGGAAUUUUUUUGAGCUCGUUGAUGUUUCUUGUAAUAUCUUAAAACUCUUUAUUGGACUUAUUUAUGAUUGUUUCCUCCAAAAUAAAAUUAAUAACUUAAAAGUGAUUCAGUAUAAAAAUUUGAAUCUAGCUGGGUUUUUUAUCCGAAUGCUUCCUUUAAAUCACCUAUUUAAUAAAUGCUAUUGUUGGAAUGACUUUAUGAUAACAUUGUCAGUAGUGAUAUGUGAUGAAUUUUUGAUGACAAUUUCUUUUUUUGGUACUAACAAUGACUUCAGUAACAGAAAGAAGUGUCCUUAGGUGGAAAGAAUGGAUCCCUCUUAUAACUCAACAACAAAGAUUGAGAAAUUUGAUUCAAGUUAUCGCAUAUAAUAUUCAUGUCAAAGUUGAAAUGAUGGAGUUGAAAAAAACUAAGAAAUUUUAUUACUAUUAUACAUUGCAUUUAACAGCGAUGUCUUCUCCGCUGUACACCAGUGAACACUUAGAGAGUGAAAAUCCUAAAUGGGCCGAAAUAGAAAUAAAUAAACUAUAUGGUUCAGCUAAUGGUGUUGUCAUACGACUAUGGGUUCAUGUACCUGAUGAUGUUGAUAGUGUAAUCACAGUGUGGGGAAUUUAUUUUAGUGGAUUGGUGUACAUCGGUCCUCGCCUGAGUUGUACUGAUUCAUCUUCUUUUUCUCCUAACUCCUUAAUACUGCAUAUGCAUGGUGGAUAUUUUACAGCUCCCCAUUGUUUUCUUAAUCCUCAUCCAGUUACUCCAAGAACAAUCUCAAUACAAUUGGAUGCUAUAAAUGUCAAGCCUAGCUACUCUAUUGAUUUACUUUUGAGGCUUCAGUCGUUGCAACAUUCCAUUAAAAAAGAAUCUCAUGCCACAUCCGUUCUUCAACAACAAAUUGCUGAAGGCUUAUUUGCAUCUACUUAUCAGAACUCUGAUAAUAGCAGAGGUAGUGCCGCUCUUAGAAAACUACUUAGCAAGAAAUCUCCACCAAAGGCAGACCCAGUUCAAGUUCUAGCCGUAAAGAGAGAACUCGAAAUGAUGAGGUUUAAAGUAAAGUUACUUACAGAGCACAAGGAUUUGGUACAUGUAACUUUGCAGAAAAGAUUAACGGAACGAAACAAUCUAUUAGAAAAAAAUCAAGAUAGAGAAUCAGAGCUCAUGGAAAAUUUUUGUUGCCUCCGAAGGGAGAUUGAGAAAAAAAGAGAAAUGAAAGCUGAGUUGACAGAAUGUAAAGCUCAGUUGACGCAAACAGCCAGUUUACUUGAUUUAAGAAGGCGUGAAAUAAUUUCUGAGUUAGCUUAUAUUUAUCCAAUUGUGCAGCUUUCAGAUGGUAGGUAUACUAUUAGAGAUGUUCAUUUGCCUAAUUCUGAAGAUUUUGAAGGUAAAGAUGAAUUGAUGAUAUCUGUUGCCCUUGGCUUCGUUGCACAUCUCGUUCAGAUGAUAUCAUACUUUAUGGAUGUACCAACGCGCUACCCUAUUUGCCAUUUCGGUUCCAGAAGCAAAAUUAUCGAUCAUAUUACUGAUAACAUACCUGACAAGGAGAGGGAAUUUCCAUUGUACUCCCGUGGUAAAGAAAGGCAUGCAUUUAAUUAUGGUGUAUAUCUCUUAAACAAAAACAUAGCACAACUACGGUGGUAUUGUGGACUGACCACGUCUGAUCUAAGGCAUACUCUACCGAAUCUGCAAGGCCUUAUGAAUCUGAAGAGAGAUGACUUUGGAAGGAAUGUGAAUGCCAAUAAAAGUCAAAGAAAAACUGGUUUGAGUUUUUCUCUCGAUCAUGGAUUAGAUAAUGUUGACGCAAGACAGGUGAAUUCUGAUCCUCAACCGUACACUUUUGAAAGAAGGCUUCAGCAUGAAACCCAUCCACCUAUCCAUGAUUUAGCAUCUCUAAUGUCGUUAGAUAUACCUUCUCAUUCCAAAAGCAGCUAUCACGAGGAUAUCACUUCUUCCACUUCUGAUCUUAAAUGUACUGAAGUCGCGGAAGAUAUUUCUCGACUAAGAGUAUCUGAUGAUUCUGAACUAAAAAUACCUGAUGAUUCCAAAAUAAAAAUAUCUGAUGAUACUGAACAAAAAAUACCUGCUGAUUCUGAACUAAAAAUAUCUGAUGAUUCUGAACUAAAAAUACCUGAUGAUUCUGAACUAAAAAUACCCGAUGAUUCUCUACUAAAUAUAUCUAAAGGAGAUGAAAACAGUUGUGAUAUUCCAGGAACCGAGCAAAUUAUCUAUGAGUCUCAUUCUCAUGAUGAUUUAAGUUCCUUUAAUGAAGAAACUAGUGUUUCUCAUGAAAUAUGAUACUUACUAUAUUAUUUACUAAAUCUAUUUUCUAUUCCAGUAUUAUAUUUAUACACAAUUCAUAUUUAUUUGGAUUGCAGUUGAUGUAUAGUUAUCAGAAUUUUUUUUUUUUAAUAGAAGAAUAUAAACGUCAGUAUGUAUAAACAAGCGUAAGAAACUUUGUAAUCUAAAGCUAAAAUAUUGAGAAAUUUAUAACUAUAUAAUAAAUAUUUCAAUUCAUAUUUAAUCAAAAGUAAUACUUUAACGGAUCGCCGUAAAGAAAACUUGGAAGCAAUACAGCAGAUUAAUAUUAACAGUGUUUUAAAUAAGUGGCUGUAUCUUAGGUUUUUAUUUUUAUCUUGGGUAUUUUUGAUAACUUUAUUAGAAAUUCCUUCCCUAUACAUUGUAUUUAUUAAUAUUAGUUUAGAGAAACCUCUCAACGACAGAAAGCCAUGGGUUUAUUGUCUAGGGCUGAAGGAUUUGUUCAUUUUAGAACUAUUUCCACCGGAACAGAAUAUUUUCUUAUUAAAAAAUAAUUACCUAGAUAUCUGUAGGUCCUACUUAUCUUAUUAACAUUAGAAUGAGAGGGGAGUCCAACACCUUUUCUGCAUAGCUGGUCCGCUUUCUCUUUGCCUUGAAGUGAAUCCAUCACGAAGGAAUAAGAAAAAUAAAAUAAAGUUCUUUACAGAAAUACCCAAGAUCAGAUUAAUAUAAUUCCUCUUAACAAAAUAAUAUUUAAAAACUGCUUCUGUUAUUGUAGUGUUAAAAAUCAUUGAAACAUUAAAGAAUUAUCGAUUAUAAAGUUUUUUUUUAUAUUAGAUUGCCACUAAGACAAAAAAAAAAAUUAUAGAUCGAUGAAAUCCAAGUUUUUUACUUACUCAUAUUUGAGGCUUGUCAGUGUUCAAAUAAAGAGAUUUAUUAUAUAUAUUUAUCGGCUAGCUAGAAGUUAAAAAAGGCCUCUUUCAACAUGUUCCAUAAAACUUAUAUCCAUUAUUAUCCGUAUUUAUAAUUAAUUAAAUAAAUAAGAGAUAUUAAUAGUUUUAAAGAUAAUAGUCCUUUAAUUUUUUUUUUGUGCAAAUAUAUCUAUUCAAAAUUCAAAUAUAAAUUUUAUAAUGCAUUAAAAACAAUAAUUAAAACUAAAGUAAACUGUCUGGCUAAAACUGGAGUUAAAACUAGUUUUCUAUCUAUUAUGUGCUUUUGUGAAUGCCUUUUGUGUCUAAGGAUGAAAAAAAUUGUCAGGAAUUUCAGUCGAUAUUUUUAUUGGAGAAUGUGGGUCAUUCUCACACAUGUUUGGGUCGAAAUGUCAGCUAAUUCACUAAAAAUAUCGACUGAAAUUCCUGACAAUUGUUUUCAUCUUUGUAAUUGAUCAAUUGACUGAUUACCCAUGUCUAAACUUUUGUGUCUAAUAUGCUGAUACAUUUAACAAAAUUAUUUUUGCCACUUUUAUCUAAUAAUCAGUAUGUUAGAUUAUAUCUUUUCUUUGAAACAUGUUUAAAACAUCUUAUUUUUUAUGGUUUUAUAUCAUUGAGGUUGAUAUGAAAUUGUACAUCAACGGUAACACUGCAGUAUAUCUUAUCUCUCAGUAUCAACUAAAAAGAAAUUUGUUUGCAUUUUAUUAGUAUUAGUAAAUACCUCAUAUACAAAUAUUGAUAUAAUUAGAGCAUUUGUAAACUCUAAUAUAUAUAAUGUUUAUAUUUGAUUGAGUCAGUAAAUAUCAAUGUAAAUUGUAGUUAUAUAGAAAAUAAAGCAUCUCUAAAACUUAUGAAAAUUGUGUUAUGACAUAUUUCAGUGUUACUGUUGAUAUGUCACUUUUACAGUGGUAUGUAUCCUUUAUAGCAGAGGUCUUAAAUCCAUCUAAAUUUUCUAAAAUAUAAAAAAAUUGAGAUAAUAUCUUAUUAGGAGAUAAGUAAUAAAAAAUAAAUGAAUUAGGAAAAAAGUAAGAAAAAAUAAAUUAGCAAGUUCUUUUUCCAGACAAAUAGUAGCUUAUUCUAUCCUUAUAAAUGAAAAAAUAAAAUAAAUGUUCUAUAUGUCGAAUAGUCACAUAUAAAAAUAUAUAAAAUGGAAUUGUUAUCAAAAAUGCCUCUUAGUUUUUGUUAAUAAGAACGAGAAAUAAUUAAAUGAAGGAGAAAAAUGGUUUCACUUCAUCCAAAUUCCGUUAUUAAAAUUUAGAAAGUUUUGCAAGUAAUCAGGGGUUUAUAAAUAAAACUCCUAAAGAAAUUUCAUUGCUUCAUUCUCUGGCGCUAACAAAUAACUAUGAUUGUUUUAUUAUCGUUAAGAUGAAAAAUUCAAGUGAAAAAAGUUCACUAUUGAAUAAAAAUUGUGAUAAAUUUCAUAAAUUAAAACAAUUAAUGUAAAAAAUAAAUCUCUGUAUUCAUUUAUAUCACAAAUUUGAUUUAUUUGAUUUUUGAAUCCCAAAGAAAAUUUUAAACAUUUAUGUAUUAAUUUUUUUUAAAGGUACUUCCAUAUUUGAUGAAUAAAUGUUUGACUAUAUUAAAUAUGAUUUUAUAAAAAGAUAUGAUUUUUUACAAUUAUGAUUUAAAUGAAAAAUACAAUCGCUCAAGUUGGAAAUCGAGAAUGAUAAUUGAUCUACUAUUUACACUUAGUUAUCAGAGUUAAAAAACAAUGGAUACCAUUAUAUUUAUAAUGAAAAGAAGAUAAAUUUUCUUAAUUAAUCUUUUUUUUUUUUAUGAGAUGUUUUGUAUUAUUACUUAGAAUUCCAUUGUUAGGAACAAUAUUUUACUUAAAUAAAACCUAUAAAAUCAUAAACUUCAUCAUAGUUUGAUUGAUGACGACAGGUUUGAUCAUUUUUUUUUUAAGCUGCAAUUACCAGGAUUGAUGCGGAUACUGUUGUUAUGGAAAAAUUUAAAAAUAAACCUGUUUUAUAUUAGAUUCUCCUCCAAUAGCUUAUUUAUUUUUAUACAACAAAAUACAUACUCAUUGAUGGCAUCGGGUUUGGGUGAAACACUAAGUUUAGGAACUAUUAACUUUUGGAAAAGAUAUUAUAGUUUAUCUACAGCCUGUAGCAAAUUAUGCUGUCCUAUGUGUGUGUGGCUUGCUAAAAAUUUGAUUACAUAUUGGCCAAUGAAAUGAUUGUAGACCCCUGCUGUUUAGAAUUAAUAACCAUUCUAGAUUAAAUAAAAUCUUUCCAAGAUGUAAUAUGAAAUAGAACAGAGUGAGAUUUAUGGAUAUCUCAAGCUGUUGAUUUGAAUAAUUUACAUGUCAAUUUUUUCUGUUGAUAUAUUAAUGAUUAUGGUUAUAACAUUCAACCAGUUGAUUUUUUUUUUCUUACUGUAAAUUUGUAUAUAUCUAUUUUUAAUUUAUUCUUAGAAUUUAUAGUUUAUAGUGUUCACAGAAUUCCCUUAUAUAAAUUAGGCAUUAUGGAACUACUUCAUCUGUGAUAUGUCUGUAUAUGUGUAUAUAUAUAUAUAUAUUUAUGUAUAUUGUUAAAUAGAAUAUAGAUUUUUUUAUUGUUUUCUCUACCAUAGUAUCCCUAAGGAAAAAUGUAGAAAACAUUUGUAACAUGCUUUGUAAGAUGAAUAUAUUUGUAUGGGUAAUUGAAUCAUUGACAAUGGUAUAGAUUUAUGACUAUAUCAGAAACAAAGUAUACAAGAAAAGAGUAAAGACAAUUUUUAAAAAAUAUGAUAACAAAUAAAACAUAAUCAGUAACGCUUUUAUCAUUUCUAAA